UUGAAAGCAAACAGAGCAGUGCUGUUUUGCCCUAUGUCCUAAAUUAGUCUUUAGAGCACAGCUGCUGGCUAAAUGAUACCAGGCUUUUAUUAGCUCCUAUAAAAACAAUAUUUAAAAAAAUCACUUCUCUUGGUUUUUCUUAUUUAGGAUUAGGCCAUUGAAGGGAAAUGAACUGGAGGUUGUAUUUCAGAGUCUCUGCAAGGAAAACUCUGCUUCAGACUGCUAGUUUACAGAGUUUAAUUGGGUGGAAAUCUCUGGAUCUCUGGAUGUAUGCCCAGUACCAGCAUUUUAGAAAUUAUUCCAAUCUGACAGCCUGCAAAAAUCUUCACUUAAUUCCAUUCAGAUCUGCCCUCUGCUUUCCUCAUGGAAAACAUUUGCUGCAGAAGACUUCAGAAAGUAGCUUAAAAAAUACAAUGGACUUAUCUGGGAUAAGGGUCCAGGGAAUAAGGUUCUUGUCCCUAUCCACAUUCUCAAGAGUGGUUUUUGGAAUUGGUCAAGGAGGAAAUAAUGGUGGAAAUAAAAAGCUGAGCCUAAGAGAUGUGCUUGAACGCAUCCGGAAGAAAGAAUGCCACAGGAUAGUAGUGAUGGCUGGAGCAGGACUCAGUACGCCAAGUGGGAUUCCAGAUUUCAGGUCUCCUGGGAGUGGGCUAUACAGUAACCUUCAGCAGUACAAUAUUCCAUACCCCGAAGCCAUAUUUGAACUUAGCUACUUUUUCCAGAAUCCCAAGCCUUUCUUCAGGUUAGCUAAGGAGUUGUACCCUGGCAAUUACAGACCAAACUAUGCCCAUUAUUUUCUUCGACUUCUGUUUGACAAAGGGCUCCUUCUGCGCCUCUACACACAAAAUAUUGAUGGGCUGGAGAGAGUUGCUGGGAUUCCUCCAGAUAAACUAGUUGAAGCUCAUGGCACAUUUGCUUCUGCUACAUGUACUGUCUGUCGAAGAUCAUAUUCAGGAGAGGAUUUCAGGGGGGAUGUGAUGACUGACAAAAUUCCCAAAUGCCCUGUUUGCACUGGAGUGGUCAAGCCUGACAUUAUAUUCUUUGGAGAAGAGCUCCCUCAUCGGUUCUUCUUGCAUUUGGCAGACUUUCCUAUGGCAGACCUGCUUUUUAUCGUUGGAACCUCCCUUGAGGUGGAGCCCUUUGCUAGUCUGGCAGGAGCUGUCCGUGGUUCUGUGCCCCGUGUUCUGAUCAAUCGAGAUCUGGUGGGGCCAUUUGCAGUCCGGUCACAGCACAAUGAUGUAGCUGAACUGGGAGAUGUAAUCAGUGGAGUGGAAAAAGUGGUAGAACUGUUAGGUUGGAAAGAGGAGUUACAGCAACUAAUAAAAAAGGAAAAAGAAAAGCUGGAUAUAAAGAAGAAGUAGAAGUGUAUUAUCUACUUUUGAAAAGAUUUAACUGCUAAAAAAGUAAAGUGUGGCUCAGCCAAAGGUUAUAGUGAUAAAUUGACUGGGGUGAAAAUGGAUGUUAGUUACUUACUUGAUAUACCCUUUCUUGGGACGGUGGAGACAUCAUCCAGGCGUGGGGGUAUGACUCCGUCAGGAUCCAAUCCAACUGGGUCUACAAGCAUUAAAGACAGGCCCACGAGGCUCCUACCCAGCUUAGAUGAAGGCAUGACUUGUAGACUGCUGUGUAAACAGUCUCAGGUGAUAGAUAUUAUCUCUCCUCAAGGUAAGAAAACAGAAAAAUCAAGGAUUAAGUCAUAAAGAAAGGGUGGGGCUGGAUGAUGUCUCCACCGUCCAGAGAAAGGGCAUAUCAGGUAAGUAACCAAUGCCCAUUCUCCUAGUAGGUGGAAACAUCAUCCAGGCAUGGGGCAUAUCAAAGCCCAAUCUGUCCCAUUGGGAGGGUCCUGAAUAGAAUUUAAUAACUCUCAGUAGAAACCACUCGCUGCAACACGUGCCAUCCGAAUGAAGCGUCAGCUGAGGUGUAUCUGUCGAACUUGUAGUGGCGGAUGAAUGGAGAAAUAGUAGUCCACGUGGCCGCUCGACAAAUUUCUUCUAACAAAGCUUGAGAUGACCAGGCAGAAGAGGUGGCUGCACUGCGGGUGAAGUGCAAAGUGAUAUGGGGCGGAACAGACAGAGAAAGUGUGGAGUAGGCCCUAGAAAUAGAACUUCACGAAAAGAGCCUCAGAGCGCCUGAAAAUGGCAGUUUGUUUAAUAUAAACGCAUAAAGCACGCCGCACAUCAAGGUAAUGCCACUUACGCUCCAGACGAUGAGAUGGCCAUCACCUCCAAAUGCAAGGUCAACCAGAUGUUUUUUGGUAAUGUCUCUAGAAACCGGACAAAGUCUGCAGCAGACUGGAGAGAAACUCCAGGGCAAGGCCAAAUCGGAUGGUACGCCUGAUCCAGGCAUCAUUGGUGAUGUCAUCCCAAUGAUCAGCGAAGGCCGAAAGAUGGCCCCCAAUUGGGAGGUCCCUGAUGGAAUUACUUCUGCUUUCGGAAGGAACGGUUGGAGCUGCCCUUGAAGGGCUUUCUGUUGGAGAAACGCUGGGAAUUUCUGUUGGAGCUGUCCUGAGACGAAGGGCCCUGUCUCGGGGGAGCCUGGUGUUGAGGAUGGGGGUAGGCAAAUCCCCCAUCUGUCCCUUGAAAGGACUACUUAAGGAAAAAUGAAGAGGGUUUAGAAUCUAUUUUGCGGUUGGCAGAAGGAAGCACCUUUCGUUUGUCCUUGGACUCUACGAAGAGAGGUUCCAAAGGCGGGACAAAGAGAAGACCAGGAGAAAAUGGAGAAGAAGUUAAACACCACUUUGCUCUGGCCUCCUCUUGCCAUUGCUUCAACCAUAAAAGACGUGCUGACUGAUGACGCCAUUGACUUGGAGGCGAAAUGAGCCGCAUCCAGAGAGGCAUCCACAGCAUAUUCCAUUGCUGCUUUGAGCUUGUUGAUGUCCUGAUGAGAACGGAAGUCAGCAGGAGGAAUUCUGUCCUGCAGCUGCUUUAGCCAACAGAGACCCGCCCUGUUGAAAAAAGAGGCAGAAGAGGCGGCCCGGACCGCCCAUGCGGAGGACUGAUGACCUUUAACUAAUGACUGUUCAUAGUGUUUGUCCUCAAGACGAAAAGUGUCCUCCAGAGCGUUAGAGGCUGCAUUAGGUGAUGAAAGAGAAACCACAGGUAAGUCGAUGGAAGGGACUUCCAAAAGCUUAGAGAGCUCUGGACUGACAUUGUACAAUUAUUUGUCCAGUGUAGAAGGGAGAGGUCCCACCCCUGGAAAUGCCCACUGAUUUUGAAUUACUUCCGAGAACAGCUUUGGGGAAGGAACCACAUACAGGUGGGUGUGAAAAGAGUGGAUCUGUGGGGUCAGACUUUUCAACCUCUGCAGUUGAGGAUGGUUUUGAGGCCGGGAUGCCAGAGACCUUUUUGGCCUUGAAUAAGAGGGAGUGAAACAAGGCAGGUUUGAAAAGACCCAUUAAGGCCGAAGGGGCAGGUGUCAAGUCCUCAUCAUCUGAAAGAUUGGUAUCAUGGGUUACCUGUUCCUCAGGGUCAGCAGCAGAAUGCUGAGAGGUACUUCCAGGAGCCGCCCCUUGAGAAUGGGAGGAAUGGUCCUUGUUUGACUUAUUAGAAGUAGAACAUUAAGGCAGUAGCAGGUCCCUGGUAUUGAAGGCCUGCAGCAAUGCCUCGUUCAAUAGCCACUGCUAUGAUGUCAGCCAUAUCAUUAGGAUUGACAGUAAUAGUUCUGGGGGAAGGAGAACCCACAUCUAUGUCCGGGGUGACACUACCAUCCCCUUUGGAAUUAUACUCCCCUUGAAACCCAAUCCCAUCCUCAGGGUUUAAGGGGGAAGCAGGAGUGGAGAUAUCCCCAUCAGUAUCAGUAGAGAGAUCUUCAGGAGGAUUGAUCAUUACUGGAGGAGAAACCAGUGGGGCAGAGAUAGGAACAGUGCAAUGCUUGGUCUUAGAUGUGGCCUUUCAUGGGGCAGAAUCUGAGGCCUUGUCACAGUCGGAACCAGGGGUAGUUACAGUUGGGGCCUCCUGAGAUGGAACAGUCUUAGGGGCCUUAACAGGCUUGGCUGAAGGUGGCUGAGAAGCAGUGGUUCUCUUUUUGCUCCUGGGCUCAGAGGGGACUGAAGGAGAAAUGACUGGAGAAGGUGGAUUAUCCCCCUGUAUAAUAGUGGUUUCGUUGGUUGGCAUUACGGUUGAGGAGAGCACCUAAAAUGGCAACCACAGGCUUCCUGCCAAAACAAAAUGGCCACCGAAGUAGAUAGGGCCCUGAGGAAGGGCUGAGGGAGCGAACUGACAAGUUGGCUACUUUGCUAAGUAAAGCGGCCGCCUGACGGUCAAUUUUGAAGCCAAAGCCAAUAAUCGGAGCGAAGAAGGCGAUCGGAACCAUUUUAUGUCCCCCAGCAGCUUGCCCGACGAAGGGCUGCUCUGAAGCGGCAAACGAGCAGCAGCAUACGAAACGCCCUGCACUCCAGCGACUUUUCUGGCAGCGUGGCUACAGCGAUCUGCAGUUUUUUGAGUGGCAUGGCUGCAUUGAUGUCGGAAAAGAGCCUGAGGAAAACCUCGUAGGAUCGCUGCUGAAUUUCUGUGUGAUGGCAAGCACGAGAUAGGGAAGGACUGCAGCCCUCAAGGGGCUACAAGUCCCCAAUCAGUUAAAUACAAAGCUAAAUGAGUUAAAUUUGAAGAAAGAAGCCAAUUAAAGAAAUUUAGAAGUUUUUUGGAGAAAGAUUAAGAACAAAUUAAUUAGAUAGGAGAAAAACACAGACACAGCUAAUUGAAGGAUCGACUGAGUCUAAGCUGGGUAGGAGGAGCCUCGUGGGCGUGUCUUUAAUGCUUGUAGACCCAGUUGGAUACCCCCAUGCCUGAAUGAUGUCUCCACCUACUAGGAGAAGAUGGGGUUUUUUGUUCAUUUAGUAGGCUACGGUAAGAACUAUCUGGAGAUAGUAAUUUAACUCCUUGGGCAUUUUUGACGCCUCAGAGAAUAGCAAGUUCUCAAGCCUCUUGGGGAAAUGAAAAUAAAAUAAUAAACCUCUGGUCCCGGUGACCAACCAAGAUUGGAUCCUGCAAAUAAUUUGAAUUUAAUUUUCUAUGAAGAUAAGCUGUAAACAUUUUCAAUGUAACUGCUACCUCCCUUUUAGAAGGCAUUAAUUUUCUCCCAUUAUUUUUUUUUUUACUUUUCCCACUUGGAUUAUUUCUGAAUCAUUUAAAAAAUAUCACAGAACUGGGGUGUUUUAGUCAGAACCUCAACAAGAGUAUUAUUUCAUUCAUACUGAAUCCACAAUUUUCUACCCACUUGGAAGAAAUCAAAUUGGGACUGCAGUUUUUAUCAAAAGUGAAUUCCAGCUUUAUUUAUCAAUGUGUAAAGAAAAAGUUCUUAAAAUAGUGUAUAUUAAUUCGCAGAUAUUACUUAUGUAACUUGAAAAGAUAACUUGUUUAUGCAUCAACAUUUCUAGUAAGAAUGAGCAUAUACAAGAAUGCUAUACUGUAGCUGCUGGAUGAAUGUGUGGCUCUUGCAACUACAGUUCAAUUUAAAGCAAAAUAAAAUGCAUUUUAACAAUA